AUGAACCAGUACAAAUCACAUACUUGCUCCUAUGGAUGGGACAAAAAAGGAAGAGAAAUUUAUAAAACUUUAGUGUUGACAGCUGAUCAGAAAAAAUCAGUAAAAGCUACCGCCGACGCAUUUGAAAAACACGUUCAGCCGAAAUCAAACCCAGUAUUUGCGCGGUUCAAAUUUAAUAAUGAAGUGCAAGGUGAAAAUACCAUGGAGCAAUUCAUCACACGACUUAAGAUACUUGCAAAUGACUGUUCUUAUGGCGAAGCCUACAAGGAAGAUUUGAUUAGAGAUCGAAUCGUGUUCGGUGUAAAGUCGUCCAAAAUUAGAGAGAAGCUUUUGACAGUAGGUGAGAAACUAACAUUGGCGAAAGCUGUUGACAUAUGUCAAACUGUAGAAUAUGCACAAGAGCAAAUGAAUAACAUGCAAGAAUCGUCUUCUAUUAACUUUGUACGGAAAACUACUCACAAAAAAGAGGAAUCGAGAAAACGAGAUAUAAAGUGCAAAGGCGGGUCGCGGAAAUCAACGGAAAACAAGCCCGAUGUCGCGCACAAAUCGUGCCAAAACUGUGGUCAAUUCCAUGGGGACAAACAGUGUAAGGCGAAGGGAGUGCAAUGCCGAAACUGUAAAAAAUGGAAUCACUACGCGAGGGUGUGCAGGAGUAAACGUGUCAAUGAAGUGAGGGCUGAUGAUUCAUCUGAGGAUAUUUACAUUGAUACAGUAAUUAGUGCUGUGGACAAGAUGUGCAAUCAGGCAUUUGUGGAUAUUAAAACUGGACCUCUUGGGAAACAAAUUUCUUUCAAGAUAGACACUGGCGCACAGGUGAAUAUUUUACCUCAUUUUGCAUUGCAACAAUUAGGUGUAAAAACCGCACUCUGUUCCUCUGUAACGAAGCUCACAGGUUAUAAUGGCAACCCUUUAGUAUGUCUAGGUUCCAUUACCCUGCAGUGUACCCAUGAACCUUCUGCACAGACCAAGUAUGUAGAAUUUCAUGUAGUAGACACCCAGUCACCACCCUUGUUUGGUUUCCAUACGUCCAUAAAUUUUAGCCUAGUUAAACUCGCACAUCCUGUUACUUCCAAUUAUGUAUCUUCCCGCUUAACAAAACAACAGUGCCGAAUGAAUAUUCCCAGGUUUUAA